AUGAAAACUAGAAGUAUGUACAAAGCUGAACGAAUGUCUUUGGAUAGGCUUCCUGAGCCCGUAUUAGAAACCAUCCUAUGUUGUUUACUGACCGAAGAUGCAGCAAGGACAAGUAUCCUCUCUAGGGAAUGGAGGUACAAAUGGACCACUAUUCCUAACCUAGAGUUUAAUUUGAUUGACAUGGACAUGCAUGAUCUACACCAAGUUUUGUUGCGGCGCCAGGGUCCAAUACACGAGCUCACUCUUUCUGUGGGGAGUUACUGGAGGGAUGACUACAGCUUAUUUGAAUUUAAUCAGAUAAUACUUCUUUUGUUGAGGAACCAUACUGAUACUAUCAAGAAACUAAGACUUGAUGCAUGGGGCGGCCUUUGGAAUGAGUUACCCAUAUCUGUUUUCGCAUUGCAUCACUUAACGGACCUCUCUCUUUGUGGCCCUUUUGUUAUUGACCUUCCAUCAAUGUUCAAUGGCCUUGGUAGCCUUGGAAGGUUAGAACUGAGUUAUGUAGAGAUCUCUACACAAACUCUUCGGCGUCUUUUAUCUAAUUGUCCAUCACUUACGAGCUUGAGCCUGUAUAUUGGCUAUUCAGAUGAUAAAUGCACUAUUAAUGACCUACUCAAGUGCUUACCUGUGAUUGAACAUCUGACUAUUUCGAGUGAUGGCUGUAAGUGUGAGGUAAUAUUUAUCCACAUGAUAUAUAAUUGA